CACACACACACACACACACACACACACGUUUAUAAAAUAAAAAUCUAAUAAUGAGCGAAAUGAAGGACGCGCACAACAAACUGGAGGCCAGAGUGUCCUCGUACUUUAGUCAGCCGGACUUUGGCGUGAUGUUGCGCGUGCGCAAAGAGUCGGACACUGUGCUGUGGCACAAUUCGGUGGCAUACAACGAGCUGCUGUCGUACAUCAAUCGCACGGCGACGGCCAUACAAGGAUUGAGCACGGCGGAGCGGGACAGCGGCUAUGCAGUGAGCGAGACCAUGGAGCGGCUCUGCAGCAUUUUCGAUCGACUGCAAGUGCUGAUGACGGCAAUGCACACGCCAACGUACAGCACACGGCCGUAUCAGCAUACGGACUCGUUGCGUCCGGGUGCAGGUGAAUCAUAUCGCAAUUGGUCGCGUCAUAUGCUGCGCAGCAUUUUCAACCUGGUGGAGCAGGCGCUGCCCGCCAACAAGUGUGGGCAUGUCAAUGAACUGGCGCAAUAUUUGGCCGGCAGCUUUGGCAAUUGCACGCGCAUCGACUACGGCACGGGCCACGAGCUGAGCUUUGUCUUUUUUCUCUGCGCGCUCUUUCGCGCCAAUGUGCUGCAGUCCAGCGAUGUGCCGGCCGCAGCGCUGCUGCUCUUUGGCCGCUAUUUGUGCUUUGUGCGGCGACUGCAGCAGCAGUUUGGCCUAAAGCCGGCGGGCAGUCAGUACUGCUAUUCGAUUGAUGACUAUCAGUUUGUGGCGUUCCUUUGGGGCGCCGCUCAGCUCAGCUAUCGCGCACCCUUUGCGCCCAAGCAGCUGCUGCAGCCGGCGCUGUAUACGCAGGAGAGCAGCAACUAUUUGCUGGCUGGCUGCGUUGCUUAUGUGGCCAGCAGCAAGGAGGGCAACUUUAACGAGCACUCGAAUCUGCUCUGGGGCAUGGUCACUCUCUCGUCCUGGCCCAAAAUAUACCACGGACUCUACGACAUGUACCGCAAUGAGGUGCUCAGCCAGUUCCAUCUGCUGCGGCAUUUAUGCUUUGGCAAUCUGAUGCCGUUCUGUCUGGCGCCGCCCAAAGAUAAGCCCCAGCGGGCGCAGCUCGGCUUUGUUGCUGCCGCCAGAGAAUCGCAGCAGCAGCAGCAGCCCGAGACAGUGACUGCGACAGCGACUGCAACUGCAACUGCAACUGCAACUGAGACUGCGCACAGUGGUUUAAGCACAGGCAGCAGCAGCAGCUCCUUGCACAACAAUUACUGUCGACUGCGCUCUUUAAGCUUAAGAGAGCCCCGAGCAACAACAACAACGCACACUGAAUUAAAAUAAAUUUACGUUAGCAGCUGUGCAUUAAAUGUAAACCAGUUUAAAUGCAA